AUGUCUGAAAGAAAUUACACUCCACCAACUGAGUUUAUUUUUACUGGUUUCACAGAUUACUUACCUUUCCGAAUCACUCUGUUCCUUUUAUUUUUGGUCAUCUAUGGUUUGACUUUAGUGGGAAACAUUGGUUUAUUAGUCUUGGUCAAUAUUGAUUCUAAUCUUCAAACUCCCAUGUAUUAUUUUCUCAGUAAUCUCUCCUUUCUAGACCUCAGCUAUUCCACAGCCAUAGCUCCCAAGAUGCUGGUGAACUUCUUAUCUUCUAAGAAGACCAUUUCUCUGUAUGGUUGUGCCCUUCAAAUGUACUGCUUUGCUUGCUUUUCUGAUGCAGAAUGCUUCAUUCUGGCUGCAAUGGCCCUUGACCGCUAUGCAGCUAUUUGCAAUCCAUUGAUGUAUUCAACACUUAUGUCCAGGAAAGUAUGUGUCUUCUUCAUUGUCAUGGCGUAUUUCAGUGGAAGCGUGACUGCCCUGAUUCAUGUGAGUCUGGUCUUCAGGUUGCCAUUCUGCCGAUCCCAUGUCAUCAAUCACUUUUUUUGUGACAUACCACCAUUAUUAUCUUUGUCUUGUGCCAACACUUCCCUCAAUGAGGUCCUGAUUUUUUCUUUUUGUGGUUUCAUCCAGACCAGUACUUUUGUGAUGAUUUUCAUUUCUUACUUCUGUAUUCUCAUUACAGUUCUGAAUAUUAAAUCAUCUGGAGGGAGAAGUAAGACCUUUUCUACAUGUGCUUCCCACUUAAUAGCUGUAACUUUAUUUUAUGGGGCACUUUUGUUCAUGUAUUUACGUCCCAAAACCAAAUACUCUCCAGAUACAGAUAAGGUUGUUGCUGUUUUUUAUACUGUGGUGUUUCCCAUGUUCAACCCUAUUAUAUACAGUCUGAGAAACAAAGAUGUGAAAAAUGCACUCAAAAAAAUGUUAGACAGAAUAUCUUUAAACAUAUAG